GAUCCCGGGGCUUUGGAGUCAUGACGAUGCUGCCCGUAAAGUUUCGGAAGCUGAGCAAAGCAUGGCAGAAGCUGAAGCUGAGCAGUUCCCGGAUGAAAGCGAAAAGCAGCUGGCUUCGAUGGGAAGAUAGCUCCGAGGAGAAGGAUGGCGAGGCUAAUGCUUCAACUCUUCAGUAUAACUGUGCAAUCGUUCAUUGCAUGGUGGAGUGCUUGCAGCAGCUGGACUUAAUCUCCAUUGACAAGAUUUCUUUGUGUGUUGAAGACUUCUACAGCAACAUGAGCUGGGACAUCGGCUCGGGCCGCAUCUACAAGGACGCAUGGGGCCUUCGGAAGCUGUACCCCUACGCUUUGAGACGGGAGCUCGACUGCUUCAAGCGACAGCAAACACCAUCCGCACUAUUUAAGCUUAUCCGCCACCUUCGAGAGAGCCUCCCGCCCCCGGAUCGCAAGCUCAAGGGGAUUUGCAAGACCAUUGCAGAGAAGAAGAAAGCAGAAGCAGAGGCCGGAGAGGAGGAGCAUGAGUGCCAGGAUGAAGGAGAGCAGGGAGAGGAGGAGGAGCCAGAUGAUGAUGAGUGUUUGGAUGUUAAGGAGAUUAAGGCGGGCAAGGAUGCUGGGGGCUCCCCGGUUCGUCGCCUGCCAAAGAAGACGGCGACGAGCGCCGAGGAUGUGCUUUACCUGGGCACGGCGAAGUCUCAGGAGCAACGGGAGCUGGAUGAUAUUAUGGAGAAGAUACGGCUUCUUGAAAUCGCUCGGUCUGAUGAGACGCAGCCUGUGGACAUUCGCCUUGUGGAGUCCCCGCCCAGCACCUCGGAGCGAGACCCUGAUCUGCCUAUGGUGGACCCCUUGAUGCAGAAGCAGCUACGAUCGAAGAAGAAAGACAGUUUGGCCCCAGGCAAGCCCAAAAAGAACCCGAAGCCCAAGGCGAACGAUGAGGGUUCGUCCGCGAGUCCGACGAUGGCUAUGAAAGUGUCUGGAAAGGCCAAGGGCAAGCAGCCCGCCGAGAGAAGCACCGGUGCCGAUGCAGCAUCCUCGAAGAAGGACCUCCGGAAUCGCAAGCAGGGCUGCCCAGCUGUGGUCGUGCCACAAUGUGCUGAACACGUUGUGGUGGUGCUGCAGAAGAAAGAGUCGUUGCAGAUGGGCAAGAUCUUCAAAGGCAAGCCGAAACGUGCCCCAGUGCUGACAACGAUAUUCACGAUUGUCAGCUACUUGCCGCUUGACUAUACCGAGGAGUAUGAAGCCCUGGAAAUGCAUGGUGGGGAGGCAAAUGUGACCUCUACGAUGAAGAAAAAUGGAAUAUCCGUGGCCUCGAUUACAUGGGGCCCCGACAGCCUCGACUUCAUGUCACACGGCUUUCCGUGCCUUCGAAACCUUAUCAUGCAUUGUAGCUUUGUGUCGACACCUGAGGUUUAUGCUGUGUUGCAUGCUGAAGCUGAAGCCUGGAAGCAUUGUACAUGCAAGAUCCAUUGGGGGGGUUCAGAUGGCAGACAAGCAACUCAUCAGCAUUGGACUUUGUGUUCAUGGGUUCUCUCGAAAUGUGCUUGUCAAGACCAAACUCUACCCGAGGCUAGCUUUGGCAUUGAUGCUGGCACAGGCUAUGAGGCUGACAUGGACGGUGGAGGUCCCUCAUUCCCGCCUCAUCCAGGAGCACCACCGAUGGGAACGCUUGACCUCGCGGGCGAGAGUGUUUCGUGUCAACUUUUGGUCUCGAAGCAACGACCACUUAAGGAAAGUCCGGCUGUACUCGAACUCCAGGGCAAUUCUUAUCUAUCAUCCCACUCGUACGGCAAAGCGAUCAUCCAUUGUUUGCAAGAAGAAGGGGCCACCUAUUUGCACAGAUGUACUAGGGGCUAUAGGGUUUAUAGGGUUUAG